AUGGAAGAAGUAGACAAUGCCUUUCGCCAAGCCGUUGCAGAUGGCCGGAUACACGGAGGCGUCUUGCUCGCCAGGGAUCUCACAGGUAAAAUAGAUAUCUCGCGAAGCUAUGGCGUACGUAGUCUGCGCGAAGCAGAUCCCGAAAAGCGGCCUCCAAUGACAGCUGAUACGCCAAUGCGCGUCAUGUCAUGCUCCAAGCUCUUAACGUCUAUCAUGGUCCUUCAGUGUGUAGAACAGGGUCUUGUAAAUCUCGACGAGGGUCUCGAGAGACUCCUUCCAGAGAUAGCUGGGUUGAAAGUUCUCACGGGGUUCGACGAGACAGGCAAUCCUAUCGAGCGAGAGCCUAAGUCCCCUGUUCUUCUGAAGCACUUGCUGUCACAUAGUUCCGGUCUUUCCUACGCACUUAGCUCUCCUCUCCUUCUGAAAUACCGUGAGUGGCAAGGGCUGGCACCUGAACCGGUGUAUGACACACUCGACCAAAACUACAAAUACCCAUUGCUCUUUGAUCCCGGCACGAGCUGGGCGUACGGUCCUAGUAUAGACUGGUGCUGUCGACUGAUCGCGAGAGCCAGUGGAAUUUCGGCCGAGGAGUUUCUUCAGAAGCACAUUGUCGAGUCCCUCGGGAUCGGCGCCGACAACAUGACCUUCGAACUACAAAAGCAUCCUAACAUGCAAGCCCGCCGCGCAGAUAUGACCUAUCGAGGCGAAGGCAUGCUGCCCGCCGUACCCCAAGGUACUAACAGCACUGGGGCUCUGAGGUACGAAGAUGAUGCACGAUGGUACAAGGACAUCGAACCGCACGGUGGACAGGGGAUCUACACCACGCCGGAGCACUAUAUGAAGGUAUUAUGGAGCAUCCUCUCUAACGACGGCAAACUGUUGAAGCCGGAGACCCGAGAGCUGCUGUUCAAACCAGCCCUCACUCCGGAGGCGGAGAAGGGAAUGGACGACUUCUGCGCACAGCCGGAGAAUCUUGCGCCGUGCACGCCGGCGCCGAUUGCUAUCAGGCACUCCCACAGCCUCGGGGGUAUGAUCAGUCUAGAGGAUUGCGACGGGGACCGCUGGCGUCGGAAGGGCAAUCUGGCGUGGAGCGGGCUGACCAAUAACUACUGGACUAUUGACGAAAAAGUUGGGAUUUGUUCCAUCUCAGCUUUUCACUUACUGCCCUGGGCUGAUCCCGUCUGUGUUGAACUUACCACCAAGUUUGAGAAGGCAGCUUUUGGUAUGGUAAAGCCUUGAUAUUAAAAUUCCUUAGAAAAUAUUGGCUCCUUAAAAGCGAGUUCGGUGUUGUUUAAGUUCUAAGGUCAAGUGCAUUGCACAAGAGGGAAUCAUGAAUCCCGCGGCAAAUGGGACCAACUCUCUUAGGCUAGAUUCGAGGUUGAAAAUGGGAAAAUAGGAUCUAACAUAGCCACAUAGGAUUGAUUGUAUUACCUCGGUUGUGACAAUGUUCACUAGUUUCCAACUAGUGUAGACUGUUAAGAGCCGAAGUUUCAGCGA